GGUUUUGUUUUGUUUGGUACUCUCUUGAACCCUAAACCCUUUUCAUUUCAUUUUGAUUGGUUAUUAUGAGCAAGAGAGAGUUGAAGACUUUACUCUGUCGGUCUUUGCGUUCUCUCAAAUUCUCUACUUGUUCACAGGACACUCUCCAAGGAUUGCUUCAUUCCGAUGACAUUUUUUUGCAGGAUUCUUCGCCCCCCAACGCCGAUUUAUCUCAAGACUAUGCAUUUCUCCGCAACACUUUGCUCAAUUCCACUGCCCAAUGUGACCCUUCAUCGCAACCCCUCGAUGAGGUUGUAUUGAUGUCAAAUGCAAUUAGGGCCAGCAAGGAUGGUUUUGGCAUUGAAACCCAGAAAUUCUUUAGGCAGUUUCGGGGUAGGUUAAGCGAAUCUUUGGUGGUUCAGGUGAUGAAUCAUGUGAAGCAACCUGAGUUGUGUGUCAAGUUUUUCUUGUGGGCGGGUCGCCAAAUUGGUUACACCCACACUCCAGCGGUGCAUAAUGCGCUGCUAGAGGUGCUGGGAUGCAAUGCCAAUGAUAGAGUGCCGGAAAAGUUCUUAUUGGAAAUCAGGGAUGAUGACAAGGAACUGCUUCACAAGUUGCUCAAUGUUCUGAUUCAAAAGUGUUGCCGGAAUGGGUUGUGGAAUAUGGCGUUGGAAGAGUUAGGGAGGCUGAAGGAUUUUGGGUACAAGCCUUCUCGAACCACCUAUAAUGCUUUGAUUCAAGUUUUUCUUAAAGCUGACAAUUUAGCUACGGCUUAUCUGGUUCAGAAAGAGAUGUCAAAUUCUGGGUUUGUUAUGGAUGCGUAUACUCUGAGUUGUUUUGCCUAUUCCCUGUGCAAAGCAGGGAGGUGCAGGGAUGCUCUGACUUUGAUUGAGGAGGAGGAGUUUGUGCCUGAUACAGUUUUUUAUAAUAGAAUGAUUUCUGGGUUAUGUGCAGCUUCACUUUUUGAAGAAGCUAUGGAUAUCUUAAACAGUAUGCGGUCUAAUUCCUGCAUUCCCAAUGUUGUCACUUAUAGGAUUUUGCUUUCUGGUAGUUUGAGAAAAGGACAGCUGGGAAGGUGUAAGAGAAUUCUUAGUAUGAUGAUUACGGAAGGCUGUUAUCCAAAUCGUGAGAUGUUUAAUUCUCUUGUACAUGCUUAUUGCAAAUCUAGGGAUUACUCAUAUGCAUAUAAGUUGUUUAAGAAAAUGCUAAAAUGUGGGUGCCGACCAGGCUAUCUGCUUUAUAAUAUAUUCAUUGGUAGUAUAUGUAGCAAUGAGGAACUGCCUAGCUCAGAUGUGUUAGAAUUGGCUGAAAAAGCUUACAGUGAGAUGCUUGAUUCAGGGGUUGUAUUAAAUAAAGUCAAUGUCAGCAAUUUUGCUCGGUGUCUUUGUGGAGCUGGCAAGUUUGAUAAAGCCUUUAAGAUUAUAUGCGAAAUGAUGAGCAAGGGUUUCAUUCCCGAUGAUAGUACAUAUUCUAAAGUGUUUGGUUUCCUUUGUGAUGCCUCCAAGGUAGAGAAGGCCUUUUUGUUAUUUGAAGAAAUGAAAAGGAAUGGCAUUGUUCCCAGUGUUUACACCUAUACUAUUUUAAUUGAUAGCUUUUGCAAAGCUGGUCUCAUUCAACAGGCUCGCAAAUGGUUUGAUGAAAUGCUAAGGGAUGGUUGCACCCCAAAUGUGGUGACUUACACUGCUAUCAUUCAUGCAUACCUGAAAGCAAGAAAGGUGCUUGAUGCAAAUAAAUUGUUUGAGAUGAUGUUGCUUGAAGGUUGCAAGCCUAAUGUUGUUACAUAUACCGCUUUAAUCGAUGGUCAUUGUAAGGCUGGGCAGAUUGAAAAAGCUUGCCAGAUCUAUGCUAGAAUGCGGGGUGACAUAGAAACCUCUGAUAUGGAUAUGUAUUUUAAGCUAGAUGACAAUUGUAAAGGACCAAAUGUUAUUACAUAUGGGGCUUUGGUGGAUGGUUUAUGCAAAGCAAACAGGGUUAAAGAGGCCCGUGAAUUAUUGGAUACCAUGUCAGUUAAUGGUUGUGAGCCUAACCAAAUAGUGUAUGAUGCUCUUAUAGAUGGGUUUUGCAAGACCGGAAAGAUUGAGGAUGCACAAGAGGUGCUUGCAAAGAUGUUAGAGCGUGGACACAGUCCAAAUUUGUAUACUUACAGCUCUUUAAUUGAUAGUCUGUUCAAAGAUAGACGAUUGGAUCUUGUUUUAAAAGUGUUGUCGAAGAUGUUAGAGAAUUCUUGUGCUCCCAAUGUUGUUAUUUACACAGAGAUGAUUGACGGCCUUUGUAAAGUUGGAAAGACGGAUGAAGCUUACAAGCUCAUGCUUAAGAUGGAAGAAAAGGGCUGUUGUCCAAAUGUUGUAACUUAUACUGCAAUGAUUGAUGGCUUGGGGAAAUUAGGAAAAAUUGAACAGUGUCUUGAGCUAUUUAGAGAUAUGUGCUCAAAGGGUUGUGCUCCAAACUUUAUAACCUAUAGGGUCUUGAUAAAUCAUUGUUGUUCCACUGGCCUUCUUGAUGAGGCUCACAGACUUUUAGAUGAAAUGAAACAAACGUAUUGGCCAAGGCAUAUAUCAAGUCACCGUAAAAUUAUUGAGGGCUUUAACCGGGAGUUUAUAACCUCUGUUGGGCUUUUAGAUGAGUUGAGUGAGAAUGAAUCAGUUCCUGUUGAUUCUUUGUACAUAAUUUUGAUUGAUAAUUUUAUCAAGGCUGGAAGACUGGAAGUUGCCUUGAAUCUGCUUGAAGAGAUUUCAUCAUCUCCAAGCCUUGCAGUUGCCAACAAAUAUCUUUAUACUUCUUUAAUUGAGAGUCUCUCAAGUGCAAAUAAGGUCGAUAAAGCCUUAGAGCUGUACGCAAGCAUGAUAAAUAAGAAUGUUGUGCCGGAGCUCAGCACAUUUGUCCACCUCAUCAAAGGCCUUACCAGGGUUGAUAAGUGGCAAGAAGCGCUGCAAUUAUCAGACAGUAUAUGCCAAAUGGAUAUCCACUGGCUUCAUGAAGAAGCAACCAGUACAAGAGAAGAAAUGGCCAAGCUGGUUAUUAUAACAGCAGCAACAAUAGAAGCUGAAGCAGGAGAUUUUGAAGAAAUGUUGAAAAGAUGCUCUUCUUAUUCCAUUAUUCUCCAAGUUUCAAAAUCCUGUAUAUUUGUCCACCAAUCAUACAUCAGGCUGGGGUAAUGAUUUUAUGGUGUAUGAUCAGGCAUGCUAGUUUAUGCUUGAGUAGCUUGGCGGCUAGGCAUUCAGCUCUUUGGCAUAUUUGAGGAGCAAGAGGUUUGUCCAGAAUCCUUGGAUCAACUUUUGUCUAUUCAUUUGAGAGACUUUGGCACUUGCGUUCUUUUUGCAGAGUAUGGUGUCUAUAUAUAUGGACUUGGUGGUCAUGGGUUAGAGUUGUGGAAAUAGCCUUUCUGCUUACUGUGUAGACCUGACCUCCCCAAACCUCAGUGGAAGGAGCUUCGUGCACUGACUCCCCCUCUUUUUUUGUGGUGAAUAUAGAUGGGUUGCAGUAACAGAGUUUUUAAUUUGAAUUGUCAUCCCUCUCAUCGAUGGUGGGAGAGUUGUUUUGUCCCUUCCACGUGGGUGUCAUCACAUCGCUCAUCUUUAGGGGGUUCACAUUAUUCACUUGCGAAGGAAUUUGAAAGUGCUUUUGAGCUUACGUACUUUCCUUUUAUUUCCUUUGUUUCUUUCUUGGCUGUCUUAGUAGGACUUCUAAUCCUCCGUUUUUGUACUUCUCUCUCUUUAAUGAAUGAUGUUAUCCAAAAAAGUUUGAGUCAACUCUGAAGAAAAUGAUUUAGAAUAGGGACAAAGGAAAGGAAAUGCUUCCCUUUAGGAUAUGUCCAGUGCACAGAGGCUUCCAUGAAUCUCUUAUGGCCUAGCUUGUUUUGGAUAGCCAGAGGCUGAGACAAUUCCAUCAUGAUUCGUUUGUAAUGGAGUGCCCGGGUGAGUUUGCGAAAUCCGGGGAUCUGAGCUUCUGCAAAUCAGGAUUAUGCUAAUGCAGUGUGGAUUUGUUCCUCUCCUUCACCAUUUAAAGUGGGCAAAUUGAUGUGCUGUAGUAUAUGAUGGCGAGUCGACGAAACUAUAUUCAUGUUUCUGAACUAGUAUGGUAAGUGAUCUUUUUGU